GGGACAGAGACAGAGGGUGUCGUGAAGAAUAACAUCUCCUCAAACAGCCUGUAGCACAGUAGGUAACCUCUGUGAUCCUGGUUAUUGCUGUCAAAGUUUUACCACUCCACUACUCACCUGGCUGAGCUACUCAGGUAGAAGCAGAGGAGUUUGGCAGCAUGUUGAAGUUCAGUGGAGGAAGGAACAAAUUGUACUACCGGUUGACACUGCUGUCUGGAUUUGUAGAGAGUUUGUUCUUCACAGGGAUUGUCUUCGGCUGGGCUUCUUUGGUCUUUGUGCUAAAAGUUGAUGGCUACUUUGCUGGAUUCUGUUCCAACACCACCAGAGAGGAGGACAAUGCUGUGUAUAUAGAUUGUAGAAGUCAGGAUGAGCACUUCCCACGGGUCAUGUCUGUUGCUUCCAUCGCCAACACAAUAAUACGCUUGCCCAUUGGAUAUGUCUUCGAUCUCUGUGGAACCACAGCAACAAGGCUAAUAGCUGUAUUUUUGUACACCACUGGAACACUGUUCAUGUCUCUGUCAAAUGCAGAGACAUCACUGUUGCUGUACCCUGCGUUGUCAUGUCUCAUUACUGCUGGAACAAUCCUCCACAUCACCAAUGCUCAGGUGGGGAACCUGUUUGACUCCUACCGUUCCACCAUCAUCACCAUCUAUAAUGGGGCCUAUGACUCCUCUGCUGCUGUAUUUCUCAUCAUAAAGUUGCUGCAUGAAAGAGGAGUGUCUCUUCAGUCGUGUUUUCUCUUCCUCACCUCGUGUAGCAUAAUUCACCUCCUACGUACCUUCUUCCUGAUGCCCAAAGGACAUAUCCCCUACCCGCUGCCGGAAACCUUUACUUAUGGAGUAAGCUGCCCCAUUCGCAGGAGAGGAAGAGGAGAGGGGACUGACAAAAAAGUAGAUGUAAAGAACAGGAGAGCAGAGGCUGAGACAUCUGCCUUGAAUGUGCUCAAUAAGCCACUCCAUGAGCCCAAACAAGAGGAAGAAGCUAGUUUUCAGAGCUGUGUGUUGUCCUGGCUCUUCCUCUGGCACCUGGUGUGGGUGGUCACCAUCCUCUUCUGUCAGUUCAUCUUCUUAUCCAAUGUCAACUCCAUGCUCACCAGGCUAGCUAAUAAUGACCAAACUUUGGUGAGUCAGUACACCAAUGCAUUUGCCUUCACCCAGCUGUGCAGUGUGCUGCUCGCUCCCAUGAACGGUCUCAUCAUGGACAGACACAAGCGCAGGCCUCUGGCUCCAGGAGAAACCAAGAGGGAAGCAGACCUGCAGUCAUCCUCUCUCGCCCUCUUCCUGACCUCCCUGCAGUGUUUCCUCUUCUGUGUGUGUUUCACCUGUCCCGUCCUCCCUCUACAGUACCUCACAUUUGUCCUGCAGGUUGUCAACAGCUCCUUCUUUUAUGGAGGACACCAAGCCUUCGUCAGCUUUGCCUUCCCAAUGUCUCAUUUCGGGAAGAUGACAGGGAUAGUGAUGUCAUUGUCAGCUCUGGUGCUGCUUCUCCAGUUUCCAAUCCUACACCUCAUCCAGCACCAGCUACACGGUGAUCCGCUCUAUGUAAAUGUGGGUGUCACCUUGGUGUCACUGCUCACCUUUAUUCACCCGCUCCAUGUCAGCCUCUACUGCAGAAAGCUGGCCAAACAGAGAAAGACCGAACAAGAAGUGAAUGAAUGAGGGUCUGCAAGAUGUUGACUUUAUCCAGUGUAACCAAGUCUAAAAUUAAAAAUGUGUAUGAUGCAAACGUAAAGAAGUAGUUUCUCUUUUUGGAAACCACAGUUGGGACCACACAAGGGUUUUUGCAUGUUUAAUUUAUUACGAACCAUGUACACUUCACAUUGCAGCUGAAUAUUUUUUAUGUAUUUUAUAAUGUUUUAUGUUGGAUUUACUUCUUACUACUUCUUACCUCUUAGAGUUUACAUUUUUGGAAAUUACAUAACAUCAGGCAAAGAAUGCAUUAUGACUCGGGACCAUUGAUGUAUUGAGGAGAACUCUGCACUGGAAUGUCAAGAAAUGUGCAAAACAACUUGGUUGAGAAAGAUCAUCCACCACAUUUUCUAUUGACAAAUGAUCAUUGCGUGGUAAAGCAGAUGUAAGCCAUUCCAAUAGGUAAAUAUUACAUUGUCAAAUAUAACGUAACUAUUCACAACAAUGAAAGCAAACACAAAUCUGUGUCAGAGCAUGGAGAUUUCUUCUUGACCUUGGUGACAGUAGUUUUUUGCUCAAUAUGCAAUAAUAUGGUAUAUCGUCCCAUGCCUAAUCUGUGAACAUAUUUUAAAUGCAGGGUCCACUUACUUAGCUAUUCCUGUGCAUCCCAUAGUCAAUAUAGCACAUCGCUUUUGUUUUUUAAACACUUUUACAUACAUUUGUAUUUAGUAGUAAUUUAAAUUGUUUUCAGGGACAGGGCAAUAUACCAUAUUACUUUUACCGCAGACAAGAAUCUGUAUGGUUUGAAAAAAAAAAAUAGACACAAAAAUUAAUUUAAUCACAAUUAAUACAUUUUUGACCAUAAUGGCCAGCUAUAUUCACAUAUGUAUCAAUGACUUACAAAUUAAAAGAAGUAGAUUGUGUUUCUCAAGGUAUCAUGCAGGCCUAAUAUUGGCCUGUUUUACUUAUGUUUACAAAAAUUGGCGAUUAAACAGCAUCAGAAUAUAUGUCUACAUUGUUAGUUAAUGUUGUGAGUUAUCAUUAUUAUUAUUAUUAAAGUCCCCCUCUGUUUUUAUUCUUGUUCCUACAGUGUGAUGUGCUGAAUGAUGUCUGUGCAGAGUUUGACACUAUAGGAUGUUUUCACAUUCAUCUGCUGAAAGUGGAACAUUUCUCUGUACUCAAUGGAAAUCUGAUUUUAAGGGGCGGGCCUACAGCAUGUUGGUGACAUCACAAACAAUUUGGAAGUCAGUCGUGGUCCAGUAUGCAACUAUUAGAGUGUGAUCCACCAUUGCACAUAGAAGGUGUGUGUGUAGUAGACUUUUGAAGGAUUUUGAUGUGGAAAUUCUUCUUCUUUUUUUGCAGAAGAAACACAUCAGACACACAUUAUUGUUCCAAGCUGAUUAUUUGUAUAUGUUGUAAUACAGGUCUGGAGGAGAUCUUUAAUUUUUGUGUGUUUGCUUGCAUUUUAUUUACAGAUUGUGCCUUAAAUGACAUAAGGGACAUAAAGCACUAUGGCCACAUUGAUAUUGUGAACUAGCAAUAUUAUGCAACCAUAAAACUGUAAAUG